GGCGGCGGCGCCGUUCUGCUGCUCCUGUAGAUACUCCUAGAAAAUCACUGACAGUUACUCGUCAUAUGCAUUACCCGUAAUCGGUGUCAUCUCGUGUACAACCACCGGUGUAUGACGAUUAUUUCAUUGACAGCGUCACCGCUAACUCCAAUGGCAGUGUGACAAAUUGAUAAUAAUUGAUAAGAAUUCAUGAGCGGACCAUGCGUGAUAGUGACUGAUGUCGGAUUCGUGUGAUUCAGAUGGACGGAAUUUUGAGAAUUGAAUGGGCUAGGGUGAGACUGUCAAUUCGGUGAAAUCUGAGGAUUGAGCAUUUGGAAUUAGAUUUGUACGGAUUGAGAAAAAAAAAAAAACAGGCAGCGGAGGAAGUGGCAGAGGGAGCUGCCGCACCUACUCGCACUUCUCGCAGCUACACACAUACACUUUUCCGUGAGGAUGCAACGGACGAGAGUCUCGAGCCCCGAGGCUCCCUGAUAAAGACUUCAUUUGGAUCCGCGUAAGUGCGGAGACAAAUGGCUAUUCAUCGCUUGUGAAGGUGGUAAUUGGGUGGUUAAUUUGUAGAUCAGUGGUGGGGGGGAUGAAAUAAGUAAGAACCAUUGAACUCGUCAUCCCCGGGACUUACUGGGCUCUGGGGGAUUCGUCAAAAUGCCCCAGCGCUGAUUGGCAAAUCGUCAAACUGGCCCCGGGGUGUUGUCGUGAUAAUAAUCUCGUUUGGGAUAUGCGUGUCAACUCUGACCUGUCACUGAAUUUAAUUGCAUGCCAGUGGGGGAGUGAGUGGGUGGUACUGAAUUUUUUUUUUUGGGGGGGGAUGUUAAUCUAGUGAUUUAUACGUGUGCGUGAAGAAAGUGUAUGAAUGAUGACGUGUUUGAUACAAUGUGUUCACGUAAUGAUUGAUAUUUUACAUGUGUGGUAAAUGGCGUACAGUGGUAUUGUCGAUGUUUUUUUUUUGUUAUAAAUCGAACCGAUGAUGUCGGUCCACACGAUUGGAAUAACAGUUAAGAUGGCAACGUUAUUUCUACUCAUAGCAGCAGCAACAUCGUCCACGAGGGGCCAUCGUCCUGCCCCAAAUAAUCCAGCCCAACUUGUACCCAGUACGGUAUCACCAUCGUCAUUGUACAUCAAUGGUGGUAAUGCGAGUCAUCAUCACAAUGUUCAUCAGAGUAAAGGACCGUGGGAUGGUUUUAAUAGUACAAUUCAUCAUUUGAAUGCUCACAUCAAGGGACACAACAGAACUGAUAAUGAAACUGAGGAAAAAGUUCCACUCUUUCCGGCUGAUUUGUUCACUAUUGAGGAGAGACAGCGUGGUGCUGUUAUACUUCAUCUACUCGGUGUUAUCUACAUGUUCGUUGCCCUUGCCAUCGUCUGUGAUGAAUUUUUUGUUCCAUCGUUGGAUGUUAUUAUUGAAAAAUUGGAGAUUGCUGAUGAUGUUGCUGGUGCUACUUUCAUGGCUGCUGGUGGAUCAGCACCAGAGUUAUUUACGUCGGUUAUUGGUGUUUUUGUGUCAUUCGAUGAUGUGGGUAUUGGUACCAUUGUUGGAUCAGCUGUAUUUAAUAUUCUAUUUGUCAUCGGUAUGUGUGCAAUAUUCUCUAAAACAGUAUUGUCACUCACAUGGUGGCCAUUGUUUCGUGAUUGCACAUUCUACAGCGCCAGUUUACUGACGUUAAUAUAUUUCUUUCGGGAUAACUUUAUACAUUGGUAUGAGGCACUUGUAUUGUUCUGCUUCUAUCUGGCCUACGUUAGUUUCAUGAAAUGGAAUCAGCCCAUGGAGAAACUCGUCAAGAGGAUAUUGUACAGAAAUAAAGUCACCAGGGUUAGAUCGACGGACCAGCUCAUGCCAUCGCACCAGAGCGCUGCCCAGGCAUUGCAUCCGAAUGCAACAAACAGCAGUGAGACGAGUGUUGGCGGUACGUCGGGUGCGUGCGGUAAUAGUGGUGUUGCCAUAAAUGCAGACGCCGGCUGCAGCAGUCGUGGUGGAAGCAGCAGUGGACAGGGAUGUGAGCAAAUGUCACAUCCUGGUCAGCAUCAUUCGUCGAGGGAAAGUCAUGCGAAAUUCAGGCACGGCCUAUUACAACUGAUGAUCCACACGAUUGAUCCGCUCCACGACGGUCAGUCCCAUGCCGGUAAAGUGGAUGAAAAGGCGACGCAAUUACACGCGAUAGCUUCGUUGAAGGUGUUGUUGGAUGCAACGAGGCCUCAGAAUGGUGCUGCAACGUCAACAUCGGCGCAUUACUCAGGGAGUGCCUCCAAGGAAACAGCUUUACAAUUACAACAGGGGUCUCAAGGUACCACCACCACAACAACCACCACCACCACAGCUGGGACCACUGCCGGAAUUCAAGAACUUCCAAAUGGCGGAAUCGCCUCAGGACUCGAUGCCGGACUUGAAUCGGGUGAAGAGGACGAUCCACCAGAGGCACUGGACAUGGCUUGGCCUAACACCGGAAAAAAACGUCUCACGUACAUUCUAGUUGCGCCAAUACUAUUCCCCCUGUGGCUCACUCUGCCAGACACACGAACCCCGAGAGGUAAAAAAUUCUUCGCUGUAACAUUCAUCGGUUCCAUCUUCUGGAUAGCCGCGUAUUCGUACCUGAUGGUCUGGUGGGCAAAUGUCGCUGGUGAUACGAUACAAAUACCACCCGAAGUAAUGGGUCUCACAUUCCUCGCCGCUGGGACUAGUAUUCCCGAUUUAAUAACCAGUGUUAUUGUUGCAAGAAAGGGUUUUGGUGAUAUGGCAGUGUCGAGCUCCGUCGGCAGCAAUAUAUUCGACGUUACUGUUGGGCUUCCGGUGCCGUGGCUGCUGUACGGUUUGAUCUACGGCAAACCCGUCGAGGUGAACUCAGUGGGAAUGGUGUGCAGCAUCGCCAUCCUCUUCUGCAUGCUGCUCUUCGUUAUUAUGAGUAUCGCAUUCUUCAAGUGGCGAAUGAACAGAGGCCUCGGAUUCACCAUGUUCCUUCUCUACUUCGUAUUCGUCGCCGUAUCGCUCAUGUUCGAGUACGAAAUACUCGUAUGUCCUGUUUAGAAAACUAUUAAAGAUACCGAGGAACCCCCAGGAGCAUUAAAAUUCCCCGAAGGCCCCCCAAAAUAAAUUCAACAAAAAGUCGUUCUACUGAAAAUCAUGUAAAUAUGUAUAAAACAUCUCAAGAGAAAAUCACUCGUGCUUUUUAUCUAGUCGAGAUACUGUCGAUCUGUCGGAGAACGUCGGCCACUCGUUGAAAUAUAUAUAUAAACAUUGCUAUAUAAACGAGCAUUAUUCUAUUUACUCGUUAUCUGCUCUCGGUAAAAAUUACGCCCUCGCUGAAUUUGUUUCAUCAGACGGAUACAUUGAGAUCCUAAAUGGGUCAGUGAGUUGUCCACUACUUUGUCAUGGCUAAAGAAUAAUACAUGAAACAAAUAAUAAAAAAAACAGUACGCAUAAAUGAAACAAUAACAAUUCUGUGUCACCUCGCGAUGAGGGAAAAAAAACUUCAGAAUGCGGUGGAGCACUCGAGUGUCAUGGAAGUCGAUAUGUCACGUUUUACGUUUUUACGAUUGUAAAACAUGAUUAUAGAAUAUUAUAGGUGAUAAGGUAAAACAUUUUUCGCAAUUUUGUAUAACAAAAAUAAUACUUACAAAAAAAAACACAUGUGUAAUCCAGUGAAUUGGGGAAAAUUGUUGUGUAGUUGAUAUUUGGGGGAUGCGUUUAGGAUUAGACUGGAGAGAUUUUAAACGGGACGAAUCGAAUUCUGAUCUCGAGUGUUCGACUAUUUUUUUUCAAUGAAAAUGCGGUAAUUUGUUGUUAAUGUUGGCAUUGGAUAUUGAUUGAGACACUGGGGGGCCUAAUUGUGGCCUACAGUAUCCAAAAAUUGAAAUAUAUUAUAUCAUAGUUAACACCCCCUCAUAUAGUUUAUUAUGAAAACUAGAGAUUGUUCACGAUUUUGAAAUAUUAUGAUGUUGCAUUGUACUCAACAGUCAUUCCAUAUUUUGACCUGGCGUUCUCAGAUCGAUUGUUAGGGUAUAGAUUGGAGGUAUCCAAUUGUUUUUUUACGGAUGAAAAAACAAGUCAUGAAUUUAUAACGACCCGAAGGAGAUGAAUAAAUUCACCUUCGUACUAUGUGUUGACCCCGGAAUAGAAUGAUAAAUCAGUUUUUCCGUGAAACAGAUUCAUCAUUCUAACAGCUAAAAAUACAUAAAUCAAUGAACAACAGAAUCACAUGAAAAACUUUCACUCAAAAGAAACUUUCUCGAUGAUAGAUACCAUGAAAUUCACUGACUAAAAUUGGAAUAUCAGUGAAAUUUACCUCGACGUUGGAAUAAAAAUGGCAAUUUCCCCAAUAAAAUGGUAAUAAUCACUGGUAAUUUCAGGGAUAAAUGGAGAUGUGAGAAAAAUUCCCUAGGCAUUUUUUUUAACAUCAAGAAACUGCUCUCGGUGUUAUUACGAGUGACUAGAGACUGGCGUUCCUCGGUGUCGUAGUUACCUAGGUGUAAAAAAUCUAUAUAUAUACAUAAUUUAUGGAUUAAUAUGUUGAAGAAUAUUAGUAAAUUAUGCACAAUACGAUCUUCCCGAAGUAUAUCCGCGAGAGACGUUAUGAGAGUGGCAACGCCCUGAUAAAGAAAACAUGAUGAAAAAAUGAUAAAAAAUAUGAAUAAAUAAAACAAGAUAUCAUAGAGCUUAGACACUAGGGGGGAAAUGAAAAAUUUUCAAAUUGAGGGGUUGGGAGAAGAGUGAGAUAAGCGAUGAAUAAUUAAUGAAUAUAUAUCGUGGGAUAUAUAUUUAUUUAUACAUCGAUAAAUAUAUAAAAACAGCCGACGUGACUGCUGCUCGGGUUUCGUGUCUCUCGUUGCGUGACCUUUACCCCUCAACCCCUUCAAUCUCUUCAACCCCCUCACCACCUCAUACUACACCCACCCUUUUAUUCACAUUUGAUAAAUUACAGUCCUCUUAAAUAUUAUUCUCAUUUCAUCGUAUGAAUUCCGGACCGAAUAAUACAUUUUUUAAAGAGUAAUGAUUAGAGUAAUGAAGACACGAGAUACGAGCGACAAUUAUUUUGGCUGGUGAUUGUACCAAGGGGUCUGCAAUUGCAAUUUUCAGUGGCAGUGAUGAUUUCCGGGGGUUUCUCUUUUUUCUGGGGAAUUUCAUUGGAAUUUCGGGAUUUCCGUUUCCCUGAUGUUUCUUCGAAUUUCAGUUCUUAGAAGUUUUUAUUAUGUUUUAGGUACGCGGGAAUUUUCAGAGGUCGGCGAUUGGAUGUUAAAAGUUUUAUGUGAAAAUCGAUGGAUGGUAUUAUGGUUCAAUUAUUCUGUGAAAAUUGUUGACGCCUGGAUGGGGUAAUGGAUAAUCGGGUCAUACGGGUUUUUUUUUUUUUUGAUGGAGUUUGGAGAUAUUUUAAAAUUUUGAAUGAAUGGUGGAGUGAUUAUUAUGAUUAUUUCCACGUAAUUUCCAGUUUCUUGCCCCUUGGUCUGUACUCAAGUAUUUUGUCAUUGAAUAUUGAAUGGUGGUGAUGUUUUGAACGGAUUUUUCAGAUGACGAUUUUUUCUGAAUUUUGUUGAUGAGGAAGUUGUGACAAUUUGAGGAAUGUUGAAUUAUUCAAUUAAAUAUAGGAUGAAAAAUCUGGAGUUGAGCUCAAAUGUUAAGAGUUACAAAAUUCCAUUGACACUUUUCAUCAUUAACCGCAGGGUUAAAAAAAAUAAUUACCAAAAAUUGAAACUCUUCCCCAGCAAUUCUGCAAAUUCGGAAAAUUCAGUAAAUAAAUCUGCAGGAUAUAAUUUCGAUUAUCAAAGAAAAUGAUCCCUCAAUUACCUUAAUGAUUCAACUGAUUAAUUAAAUAAACGAAUUUUUCCCAUCGUAAUUUUUCCGCAUUGAUAUCCAAUUUUCUGCGCGAAAUGAUUUUCGAUAUUAAUGCAAAAUUCUUCUAAAAAUCGGAUAAAAUUGAUGAGCUGAUGGUUAAUGAUGAAAAAUGUCAACAACAUGGUGACGAAAUGAAGAAAAAAUAAUAUAUCUGUCGUAAUAUAAAUGACAAGGCAUGAACGCACAUAUCAGAGAAAGAGACAUUUACAUUUAGAUAUCAUUAGUGAUCGGAUGAAAGCGGUAUUAGAUUAGAAAUCGUAAGAUUUAAAAUAGUUGAUAAAAAUGAUGAAAAGAGCGUUAAAGUUUCCAAGAUUACGAAAUAAUUACGAUUAAGAUUUAAUCAAAUGAAAAUUGAUAGCGUCAGCGUAACGGGACGAAUCGCUAUCCAAAUAUAGAAAAUACCAAUUAUCAUUAAUCGAUAGUUAGGACGAUUGAUAAUGUACGAUUUCUUCGCGGAAUUAUUCGGAGGAAGACGAUAACCGCAAUUGGUUGAGUUUGUGUUUAAACAAUUUACAUUGCAUUUACAUCUAGGGUUUUUCCCCCCCGUCCACCGCCGUUAUUGAUGAUGAUGUACAUGAGGAGAUGAACGAAUAGCUGAUGACACCCUCGAGGACAACAAAAUCAAGUUGAAUAGGUAAAAUAAAAUAGGCAUUAUAGGACGACAAGUUAAAUAGUCUACGAAUGUUGAUACAGGUCCAGUUGUGUUUGAUUGUUCCAUUAAUAGUGAACGAACCAACGAAGAAACAUAAAUAAUUAUUACAACUUCAUUCAGACCUUUUAUUUUUUUAUUGCUUUCACAUUGAUUAUUCAUUACUACUGUCGUUUUUGUAAUUAGAAUUCUUGGAGUGAUAAUUUUGCCAUCUUUUAUUAAUCCAGCGAUGAUUUUUUUAGUGAAAAUGUCAGUGGAAAUUCGAGUAUUAAUUUAUCUCGGUAUGGUCUCUGGUUUUUUUUUUUUUUUGAAGAAUUCGAGGGGUGGGGCUGUUUCGUUUUUCGUUGAGAUAAAAAUUUGUCUGUCCUGCUUUCACGUUUCAACGUCGCCAAGUUUUCGAGCCGAGAAUUGUUCUAGAAUUCAGAACAAUAGUCUUCAUUUGAGAAUAAUACUUUUCUCUGGGAGAGUGGGGUGGAAAAGACAUUCUCAAAUCCGUGAGAUAAAAAAUCCGGGGGAAUUGACUUCGGUGGGUAUUCUGAAGGUGAAAAAAUUCUGGAAGCUGUCACUGACAUUCAUCUUUUUUUCAUUGAAAAAUUCUCCACUGACGGUUGAAAUAUCGUGGAAUGUACUGAGAAGUUGUGACGUACAGUGGAAACUACAAAGGGAAUUUCAUUGGGAAUCGAAUGGUGUUUAAGGUGUGUCACAUCAACUCAUCGUCAAUCAUUCGAUUCGAUUUUGAUUGAAAAAUAUUGGGAUUAAAAGAUUCCCAAGAUUUCAGAGAACCAGAAUAUUUUUCAGGGAAGGGAAUUUUUCGAUAAUGAAUUAGCGUCCCUUUUUUGAAAGUCAGAGGAAUUUUCUAAUUCCAUUUUCACAGAAUAAUUGAACGAAAAUUCACGAUUCCUGUGACAUCAUGGGUUUUCAAUGAACAAAUUCCUGAAAAUUCGAGUUCGAUUCAUUAAAUCCCGUCAUCUUCUAAUUAUAAACAAUGAAGUCUCUUCCGCCCCACCCCAAAAAUUUUUGAAUUAUUUUUCAACCAACGACCAGUGGUUUCGCGGGGUAAAUAAAAUGGGCAAUUUAAUCCUUGGGGUUUCGAUUCACGGAGACGACCAUAAAAUCCCGACAAAUUAAUCGACAAUUAAUAAAAUCGAUAAGCUACGAAUUACGGCCAUUGAACAAUUUAAUUCUUAGAGGGGAAUUAUUUAAACGACACAAACUUCGCCACUACCAGAAGAAAAUAGAAUGAAUCGAAAUUUCGCGUACGCAAAGGCAUUUCGCUUUCGGAGUCAGUAUCGAAUUUAGCGAUUAAAUCGAUAUUCGCGUAUUCUCGAUAGUUGUCACGAUAAAAUGAAAGAGAGCAUUGAACUCACCCCGAAAAUCACGGGAAUGCAAAUAUUCAUUGAAAAUUUAUUAACAAUUGUAGCUUCAAUUAACCAAUCGCACAUUAUGUGAGUAAUUCGUGAUAAAUUUGACGUCUAAAUACAUUUUCAUCGUAGGAAAAAGGAAAAUUGAAGAAAACUCAAAGAACAAAAAACAUUAAGACUGGGCUUUGAUCAUCCGGCAAUGCCAUCGUCGCUGUUGAUAAGUGCAAUAACUAAAAAACGGUAGACGAUAAGUUAUUUAGAUUAUUUAUUAAGUAUUAACAGCCAAUUGUGCUGCCUGCUUACCUCUCAAUUCCCCAUUGGUUGAUUUACAUUUUUUUUUCCUUCCCCGGAGAAAAAUUAGUGACAAAAUUUGCCCCGACGUCAUGAUAAAUUUUUUCAUUCGUGCAAUUUUUACUCCGUUGUUGUGAAAAUUAAUUGAACAAAUUACAAUACCUCUUCGAAAUUUUUACUGAACAACAUCUCAUUUUCCAACGUCAGGCUGAAUUUUGUAAUAAAUUUUUCUCCACGUUGACUCGAUUCAACUAGAGGCCCUAGAAACGAUAAAAACCAAAACGAACAAAAACUAAAACGACUGACAUCGUUUUGAAUGCAUAUUUGUACAAAUAAAAAAAAAACAAAAAAUCGCUAUACAGGAACAAUAACAAUGAUGCAUUUCAAAAUUAGCGUACGAUUUUUUUAACUCGUUAAUUACACGACCGUGGUUUAGUAAGAAGAUGGUCAAUGAUUGCCGCUGUUCGAUGAUUAAAAAAAAUUAAAAUAUUGAAAUAAAUGAUGAUAUCGACGAGCUGGGCACCCAACACCACCGAGUCACAUGAAAUUAUAACGAACACCUGAGUAAUGAUAAACAAUUGGCAAUGAAGUAACGCGUAUAAUUUAUGAUACUGGCCCCACAGCGAUGAUUUGAAACCCGUGCUUAGACACCGAUCAAAAGUAACCACCAAAAUCCCAAAAAAUGUAAAGAAAAUAACGAGAAAAAACAGCAAAAAAAAAAAAACUGAAUAAAACAAACUUAACAUUUAUUAUAUCCUUAUAUACAAAAUUUUUACGGCAUAUACGAAAUACGAGUAGAGCAGUAUAAAAUUUUAAAUACAUGCGUAGGUUAAUCGUUGUUGUCUACCAUAAAUAGUAUAGUAUAUACAUGUAUAGAUGAAUCCCUUAGGUAAUAAGGGACGAAAGCAGGCGAUGAGAUGAACAAUUCAAUGAUGAAAAACCAUUAAUUAGAUAAGAGGAGCGAGUGAGCGAGCGUGCGACUAGUUGAUGCGUGAGAAUUUAUCAGAGUAUUAAUGAUAUAUCAAUCGAUAAAAGUUUAAUCAAUCGAUGAUAAAUGUUGAAUAAAUUGAAGCAACAGACGAUGAACUGUAGAAACUACCCCGAAAAUGUAUUAUACAUAUAUACAGAUAUAUCAAAUAUAUUCACAUAUACAUAUGCAUAUGUUGUUCUGUACAUAUCCGUAUGUGUAUAUAUGUAUAUACAUAUCGAUCAUAAAUUGAUAAUGAGGUAUAAAUAAUACGAGCUGUGAAUACGUGAUGUUCACACUUGAUUAGCUAAAUAAAAUGGCUUUGCUUGCGAUCGCCUGGAAAAUAUUAAAUAUAAAUAGGACGGAAAGAUUAUGAGAAUGAAUUAGGGGAAUACCAAUGAUUCCGGCGUUCGAGACGUGCUCAUUAUAACGCCUGACAACAAAUGAUAAAUAAAUAUAUUUGAGAUAAAGGAAAAUAAAGUAACCGUGUUAUGUAGGCAAUGUCUUAUGCUAAGCACGGUUCCUCAUGUUACAUGUUGAAUUAUAAAAAAAAAAAAACAAUUGAUUAAAUAAUGAGAAAAAAAUAUAUAUAAAGUCCGUAAUUUUUUGGUCCGUUACUGCAAAUUGUUUGAGAUUAUUAUACACAAGGGAAAUCAUACAUUAAUCACGUACAUAUAGGUAUAAAAAAUUACUAUUGAAUAUGUUAUAUACUUGCCAACUUAAACGACGAGAUGAUGAAUAAUAAUAAUAAUAAUCAUUAUGGAAAAGCGUAGUCCAAAAUUUUAUGCCUCGCUUUUUAGUGUGAACGAGGGGAAAAAAAUAAAGAUGAGGCUUUAAACGACCGAAGCUGACUGUUAUGUUUGUACGUGCCCUCAUAUCAAAUAAAAAAUAUAGAUCUGUCCCUCCAGUUAUCUGCUAUGUGCAACUCCAUUAUGAAAACAGCGUCCUUUUAUUUCUUUCGCUAAUUAACAAAAAAUUAUGGGCCAGAGGUGUGACGUAAAUUGUAACAAUAUUUAAUGAACAUAUUUUGUGUGCUUCGUGCAUGUUUUUAUAGGUGAAAAUUUUUAAUUGUCAAAUGAGAAUUUUGUACGAUAGCCUUUUUUACUUUUAUUAAUUUUCCCUCCGAUUGAUUGUUCAUUAAUUGUACCCAUACGUCAGCUGCACAUCAUCGGUCAUGAAAUGAGACAAAUACCAUCAAAAAUGGAGAUGAUUAAUCGAAGAGUUUCUUGCACUAAAGUAUUUUGAAUACAACUACUCUGUUAAGCGGCUGAUAAAACAACAGAUUCACUAUAUGAAGAAAAACUUGUAUUAACGCAAAUCACUCAUGUUCUGGUAAUGCCUGUGGUGGAUGAUGAUUUUUGUUUUUGAAAAAUUUCGACUAUUCAUGUUACGCUUUCUCACCUGGUUUCUACUCAAUUAAUAGAACAGAUCGACGAAUUAACGAUUUUAAAAUGCUGUAGAAAAGGUGCGCAGGGAAGCAAUUGGUAGAUCCAAUUGCUAAAAACCUAGGGGUGCUAUCCUAGAAGUUAUUGCAUUACUGAUAAGAGAUUAAGAAAUGAAAACAUUGAGUGACGAAUAAAAAGAGCCACGACUAGUACCAAAACGACUUUCGCUUCCAUUCUCCCUCUUCUCCACAAAUAAUCUAUCUUAAUGCUGUAUUUAUACUCUACUAUUGAAUUCAUUUUUUGCUUAACCGAAUCGCCAGAAUAAUUAUCGGAUUUUUCAACCAAACGGGAAAUUGAGAUAAUACAAUAAAAUGAAAUGUAAAAACUUGAGGAAGGGCACUGGGUCAUGAACGUUGAUCAUCCAACUAUUUUAAUUUCCCUUUGAAGUUUAUGAUUGAAUACCUCCCCCUCCUAGGCACAUCUUUGUACAAACGAGAAUAAAUAAAGAGAAAAUACAUACGAGAAUGAAUUUUUAAACGAUAACUACUCAUUCUUGUCGAGUAGAUGCCUGUGCAUGACCGGUCAAUAAAAAUCCAACUCCAGUGACUACUUUGGGAAAUAAAAAUGAUGAUAAUAAUAGGAAUAACACAAAAAGGAGUUGAAUCUUUCGACGAUGAAAAAAAAAAAUAAAUGGAGAAAUGAGAAAACCCAAUGUCGAGAAUACACUCCAAUAUGCCACACGCAAGAGUCGGGUUGAUGGGCCCUAUCGAUUAUUGCCGAUUACGUAUAUCUAUGCAUUAUUUCGUACCAAGUACAGCUAGAAAUAUCCGAGUAAAUUUCUCAUCGUAGCAAGAGUGAUGAAAAAGAAUUAAAUAAAUUAAAAAAAAAAAUAGAGGAUACCUCGAAUUAACAGAUAACGACUAAAUAAUAUUUGAGUGAGAGCAGUGGAGGGCUUGUGUGGUGUGUUUUCAGACCAUCCUCUCUCCCCCAAUUUAAUCCUCCUCCCUUCGUCUUCUUUCUCUCCACCAGCCUAACAAUGAUUAAUGAAUUAAGUAAUUGAAUAAUGAAGAAAAAAAAAACAUGAAAGAACAUAUUGUAAUCUAUUGUAGAUUGUUGUAGAUAAAUUAUACGGUUUGACCGUAAAUUGUUACUUUUUGUCGACAAUAUAAAAUACACAGAUAUAUAAGAUUAAA